CAGCGGGGGCAUUCAGGCCUCACCCGGGGAGCCCCAAGCCAUGUCCCCCCAGGGCGGGUGCUGUGCCCCAGCACGGCUGGGGCCGUGUUUAUAACCCUGAGUCACGCUGCGGAGGGCGGGUGGCGCUCUGCUGCCUUUAAGAUUAAAAAAAAAAAAAAAAAAAAAAAAAAAAAGAAAAGAAAGAAAAAAGCGGCUUUUAAGUAUUUAUUUGUUUGUUUGUUUAUGUUCUACCGGGCAAUAAAUCGGUGCACGAACAGACGAACAGGACGCGCCCUUCUUUGUCCCCUCACCGCUCCCCGAACACCGCGGCGCCUCCCCAUGACGUCAGAGCGCGGCUCGGCUCGGCUCGGCUCGGCUCGGCUCGGCUCGGGGGGCACCUCCCCGUGACAUUACGGCUCGGCUGGGCGGAGGGGUCUCCUCCGAGCAGCGUCCCCCUGCCGCUGGGUCGGGGCGACGCCUGGCCGUGACGUCACAGCGGCGCUGUGUCGGGGCGGCUCCCGGAGCUCGGCGGGCGGAGCUGUGUGCGCAGCGCCGGCCGGGUCGCAGGCAGCUGCAGCCGCAGCCGCGAGCGGUGGGACAGCCCGGCGCCAUGAAGUUCCAGUACAAGGAAGACCACCCGUUCGAGUACAGGAAAAAAGAAGGGGAGAAGAUCCGGAAGAAAUACCCCGACAGAGUCCCCGUAAUCGUGGAAAAAGCACCCAAAGCCAGAGUACCUGACUUGGACAAAAGAAAGUAUCUUGUACCUUCCGACCUCACAGUUGGUCAAUUCUACUUCUUAAUCCGAAAGCGGAUCCACCUGAGGCCGGAAGAUGCUUUGUUCUUCUUCGUCAAUAACACCAUCCCUCCCACCAGUGCUACCAUGGGCCAGCUGUAUGAGAGGGGAGCCACUGUGAGAGCUUCUGUUGCUACUACUGAGGAGGAGAGUAAUUCAUCCUGCAUUGGAGCCUGUCCAUUGGAGCAGCCAUUUCUGAGCUCAUAUCUACCACUGUGACUGAAACAAGCUGUCCCUGUGUGGCAGAAGGGUGCUGUGACUACAGCCAGAUGGGCACAGAUGCACCAUACACUAUUAGCUGGAAUAAUUUGAAUUUUAGUUU